AUACACACAUACACUAAUACACACAGGAGAGAUCCGGGAGCUGCUCCAGUCCAACACACACACACAAACACACGCACGACACACACACACACACACACGCCGGGGGAGGAAAAGGAAAAAGUGGGCACUAGUCGAGGGAGGAAGGAGCGUCGACUGCUGCUGGAGCUGCAGGUUGUUCACAUUGUUCUGGAUAUUUCAGGAUUGAUCCGUUUCUGAAGACCUGAAGCAUCGAGGAGGAUCUGAAGACCUGAAGCAUCGAGGAGGAUCUGAAGACCUGAAGCAUCGAGGAGGAUCUGAAGACCUGAAGCAUCGAGGAGGAUCUGAAGACCUGAAGCAUCGAGGAGGAUCUGAAGAGUCUUUCAGGAGUCGAGCUGUUUCUGUUUCCUCCUCCAGAAGCUGAGUUGCUAUGGCGUCGAAUGAGUCGCGGAUGCAGCUGCCGCCCGCUCAGAAGGACGCGGCCGACCAGAACUUCGACUACAUGUUCAAGCUGCUGAUCAUCGGCAACAGCAGCGUGGGAAAAACCUCCUUCCUGUUCCGCUACGCUGACGACUCCUUCACGUCGGCCUUCGUCAGCACCGUGGGCAUCGACUUCAAGGUCAAGACCGUCUUCCGCAACGACAAGAGGAUCAAGCUCCAGAUCUGGGACACAGCGGGCCAGGAGCGGUACCGCACCAUCACCACAGCUUACUACAGAGGAGCCAUGGGCUUCCUGCUCAUGUAUGACGUCUCCAACCAGGACUCCUUCAACGCGGUGCAGGAUUGGGCGACACAGAUCAAAACCUACUCUUGGGACAACGCCCAGGUGAUUCUCGUGGGUAACAAGUGUGACCUGGAGGACAACAGGCUGGUUCCCACAGAGGACAGCCAGCGACUAGCAGAGGAGCUGGGCUUCCAGUUCUUCGAGGCCAGCGCCAAGGACAACAUCAACGUGAAGCAGGUGUUCGAGCGACUGGUGGACGUCAUCUGCGAGAAGAUGAACGAGAGCAUGGACGGAGACGCCAGCCUCGUGUCCAACCACAGGAACCAGGGCCUCAAAGACUUGCCUUCAGAGAGCAGUGGGGGCUGUGCCUGCUAAACACACACGCACACACACACACACACACACACACACACACACACACACACACACACACACACACACACACACACACACACACACACACACACACACACUGAUGCUCCUACAUGAAGAUCAACUCCUUCUCUGUGCCUCAACCAUGGAACGUGCCGCACCUCUUCCUGUCUCUUCUCUCUGCUUUGCCCGCACAUCGCAGCACAGACCAAAGGACAGUUGACUUUUAAUCACACAAUCAAUCAUCAGCACACACACACACACACACACACACACACACACUCUCAAAUCCUACUUGAGUUGGAGCUAUAGUGAAAGUAAACAAUAACAACUUUGUUACGGUAACUAGAGUAAAUGUAACUUGUAACUUCCAGCCCUGGAACGACUUGUCACUCUCUGGCUCUCUCGACGUCUUCGUCUUCUACGUGUUCGGCUCCACUUUCUCAUCCUGAGAUAUUUGUUUUCUUUUUGUUUUUUGAGUCUAUUGCAUCAUCACCCCCCCACACACACACACACACACACACACACACACACACACACUCGCUCUCUGUGAAUCCUGCAUCAACUCCUCCCAAGUUUCUGCAGACUUUACACGAGGCGACCCCGAUGGAGAAAGUCCGCAGAAAGCAGCUGAUGUCUCAACCUUAAGUUCUUAAAAAACAUCUUUUACUUUUUAGGAAAAACACUUUUUCACCUUCUUGUCUGCACUUGUAUUAAAAGUUAAACGUAAACGUGCUUAUCUUAUCUUAGCACAAAGGCUUCGUUCAGAUAAACAAUUGAGACAUAACUUAAAGAGCCAUGCUAACAGUUUACACCUGUCUCCAGUCUUUGUGCUAAGCUAAGCUAAUCGACUGCUCACUAUUCCUGUUGGACUCUUUGCAAGAAAGCGAAUAAUCCCCUAAAUGUAGAAUUACUUAUUUUAAAAGAAAUCAGAUUCCAGUAAAUGUCAAAGAUACAAUCGGGUUUCCUGCUCUGUAAAAAAAAUCGUGACUCAAAUGAAAUUUAAGUACGUGAAUUCAUGUCGCCUCUUCCUCCGCUUGAUAAUUUGUGUGGUGUGAGAUUCUGAGUAGUCAUCUCAUAGUCGAUCAUUUCAAAGAUGCUAGAUGGAGCUCACGGUGAUAAAGGAGCUCGACAGGAUGUCAUCAUGAACCUUAUCGAAGCAUUUUGAAUCUCGGUAUCGGGCACGUGCUGCUCUCUGCCUCCUUUUCUCACGCAGGGACACUGGCUCAGCCGCUGGGGGAUUUUAUUGGUGAACGUUUGCGUGAGGAAGUCGUUUAAUACUGGAGACGCAGGAGGUAUCGGUCGCGUGGGCUGAUUGGCACGUUCUCGCCUUGUGCCACUUUGUCUUGCACACACACACACACACACAAACACACACACAUAGUUCCCCUUGCUGCUGCACGGAAAAAACAGUUGACAUGGCAAACACACAAUGCUCAAUCACUUGAGGAUUCACAAGUUAUUCCAUUUUUAUUAUUGUCUUAUUAUAUCCAAUUACUGUAAAAUCAAUCUUUUCAUUAAAGUGACCAAUGUGCAUUCCCCAGUUUUUCACAUUUUGUUGAAACCUGUCUCCAGAUUCAUGCAAAUUGAAAUUUGAAUUGCAACACAAAUCAGGAAAGAUGGGAAAAACCUACCAACCUGCACAACGUUUUAAUUCUGACCCUUAAUUCUCCUGUUUGGUGCCGUUUGACCAUCGCUGGCCACGUUGCUGACCAUUAACUGUCAGUUGGUAUCAACCACAACCUCUCGCCGUGAUAGCAGCCUCACGUUGCCAUGCCAAAGCCCGUUGUCGCUCCGCACAUCUGGGGGGCUGGGCCACAACUGGUGGUCAGCCCCCUCCCUGCUAUUGUGUUAGCCUGUGGUCACGUGUCUGUCCCGUCUGUGUGUGCUGCGGAGGACUUUAUAGAUUUUACAGAUCUCAGAACGCUGGUUCCAUCGUCUCCUCUGCACCGAGGGGAGCUCCGGUGCAGAGGUCUCCACCGGCUGACACUACAUUUGUUGCAGAAGCACUGUGCUGUUAUGUGUUUCAAUGGAAUCAGAGGGUGAACAAGGUCUGGGACAGUUUCCCAACAUGUUUGAAAACAUAUUGAAUGUGCUGAAGUUGCACCACUGGGCUCAUGUCUGGAAUACGACUCUGCUGUUGUACAGACAGGUCUGUAGCAUCAGAGCUGCUCACAGUGUGUUUCCUUUCCGUCUGUUUUGCUUCCUCCCUGAAGUUUAUGGUAUUUUCAUGUGAGUGGUAGCUUUCUAAACGACGGGAGAGGAGAUCUUUGAUUCCUGUAUCUGUGAGUUCUGAAUGCGUUGGAUGGAAGCCUUGUGAAAAUAAACAAAAUGAAAUUGAACAUGUUGAAAUGUGUGUAUGAAAAUAAAGAGUAUAUUCAUUACAAAAGGGA